AUGGAUAGUACGAUAAGAAGCUUUGAUAGUUACGAUACAAAUGAUAAAACAAUAGAUGAGAAUGAUGAUGGGAUACCAGAAAUGGAAUGUUGUGAUGGGCCAUGUGGAAAACUAACAAACAUCUCCAAUCUAAUAGAAUACAAAGAUUGCCAUCAUGUAUUCUGUGCUAAUUGUGCUGUGAACGAAGAUAAAGAGAAACAUGCCAAAUGUCAAAAGUUGAAUGUUUCUACCAUAUCAACUCAAUCCAGUGAUUCGUUCAUAUCCGCCAACUCUUCGGCUGAAUCAUCCACUGUAGACAUUUUGAAAUUCGAGUUCAAAAAUAUUGUGAAAACAGUCGACUGUUCGGAGUUGACGUACGGUCAACUUCUGUUAAAAUUAGCGGAACUUUUUGGUAUUCCCAGAAAGAAAUGCAUCUAUCUAACAUGGAAUACGGAAAUUCUAGGAUCUCAUGAAGAAGAUAAAGAAGUUCAUAAGAUAGCACGUGAUGAGCUUGUUACGGAAUUGAGCAUUUCGAAUAAGAUUAUCAUUGAGAUACAUGUCGAUUGA